AACUUUCAAGUGCCCGGGACGCGGCUCCGCGGGGCCCGGUGGAUACAAACAGCUUCCCGCCCCUCGCCGGCUGCGCCCGCGCCGCAGGAAAGGCUGUCAAGGCUGGCGCCCCAUGACCCUGUGGUGAGGGAAGUCCUGCAGGAAAUGAGUGGCCGGCCUGACGCAGCUUGGGAGGUGGCCGGGGCUACUGCUGCAUUUGCCAGAACCAGCUCCAACUGAGGACCCCUCCAAGGGACUCAUCCACAGUCCUUACGUCCCCUGGUGUCUGGGAUCACAGGCGCGAUGACGGCGGCCUCUCCGUUCCUGGAGCUGUGGCCGUCCAAGGCCGUGUCCAUCCGGGAUCGACUGGGCAUUGGGGACCAGCCCAAUGACUCCUACUGCUACAACUCCGCCCAGAACAGCACCGUGCUCCAGGGCGUCCCCUUUGGUGGCAUCCCCGUUGUCCUGCUCAUAGACGUCAGCUGCUUCCUGUUUUUAAUAUUGGUGUUUUCCAUCAUAAGAAGAAGAUUCUGGGAUUAUGGGCGUAUUGCCCUGGUGUCAGAAGCAGGCAGCGAGUCCAGAUUCCAGAGAUCAUCAUCAUCUUCCUCCCAAGGGCAACAAGACUUUGAAAGUGAACUGGGAUGCUGCCCCUGGCUGACUGCGAUCUUCCGUCUGAACGACGACCAGAUCCUGGAGUGGUGCGGAGAGGACGCCAUCCACUACUUGUCCUUCCAGAGACACAUCAUCUUCCUGCUGGUGGUGGUCAGCUUCCUGUCCCUGUGCGUCAUCCUGCCCGUCAACCUCUCGGGCGACUUGCUGGACAAAGACCCUUACAGUUUUGGGAGGACUACAAUAGCAAACCUACAGACUGGCAACGACCUGCUUUGGCUGCACACGGUCUUCGCGGUCAUAUAUCUCUUCCUCACCCUGGGCUUCAUGCGGCACCACACCCAGUCCAUCAAGUACAAAGAUGAGAGCCUGGUGAGGCGGACCCUGUUCGUCACAGGACUCCCCAGACAUGCCACAAAGGAGACAGUGGAGAGCCACUUCAGGGACGCAUAUCCGACGUGUGAAGUGGUGGAGGUCCAGCUGUGCUACAACGUGGAAAAGCUGAUGUACCUGUGCAAGGAGAGAAAAAAGACCGAGAAGAGCCUGACCUACUACACAAACCUGCAGGCGAAGACAGGCCAGCGGAGCCUCAUCAACCCCAAGCUCUGCGGCCAGUUCUGCUGCUGCGAAGUGCAGGGCUGCGAGCGGGAGGAUGCCAUCUCUUACUACACGGACAUGAAGGACAGGCUGAUGGAGAAGAUCACAGAGGAGGAGUGCAGGGUCCCGUUCCAGCCCCUGGGGAUGGCCUUUGUCACCUUCCAGGAGAAGUCCAUGGCCACCUACAUCCUGAAAGACUUCAACGCCUGCAAGUGCCAGGGCCUUAGGUGCAAAGGCGAGCCCCAGCCGUCCUCCUACAGCAGAGAGCUCUGCAUCUCCAAGUGGACAGUCACCUUCGCCGCUUACCCUGAGGACAUCUGCUGGAAGAACCUCUCUAUCCAGGGCCCGCGCUGGUGGCUCCAGUGGCUGGGCAUCAACUUUAUUCUGUCCGUGGGGCUGUUUUUUCUGACCACACCCUCCAUCAUCCUCUCCACCAUGGACAAGUUCAAUGUCACCAAACCCAUCCAUGCUCUGAAUGAUCCGAUCAUCAGCCAGUUCUUCCCAACCCUCCUCCUGUGGUCCUUCUCAGCCCUGCUGCCGUCCAUCGUCUACUACUCUACACUGCUGGAGUCUCACUGGACCAAGUCAGGGGAAAACCGGAUCAUGAUGACCAAGGUCUACAUAUUCUUGAUCUUCAUGGUGUUGAUUCUGCCCUCCCUCGGCCUCACCAGUCUGGAUUACUUCUUCCGGUGGCUCUUUGACAAAACUACUAUCAGGUUGGAGUGCGUUUUCCUGCCGGACCAGGGCGCCUUCUUUGUGAACUACGUUAUCGCCUCGGCCUUCAUCGGCAACGGCAUGGAGCUGCUGCGGCUGCCGGGGCUCAUCCUCUACACCUUCCGCAUGAUCAUGGCCAAGACCGCCGCCGACCGCAGGAACGUCAAGCAGAACCAGGCCUUCGAGUUCGAGUUCGGAGCCAUGUAUGCGUGGAUGCUGUGCGUCUUCACUGUCAUCAUGGCCUAUAGCAUCACCUGCCCCAUCAUUGUGCCGUUUGGCCUCGUUUACAUCCUGCUCAAGCACAUGGUGGACCGGCACAACCUCUAUUUCGCCUACCUCCCGGCCAAGCUGGAGAAGCAGAUCCACUUUGCGGCUGUGAACCAGGCCUUGGCCGCUCCCAUCCUGUGCCUCUUCUGGCUGUAUUUCUUCUCCUUCCUGCGCCUGGGUAUGACGGCCCCUGCCACCCUGUUUAACUUCGUGGUCGUGCUGAUCACCAUCCUGGUCUGCCUGGGCUACACCUGCUUUGGAUGCUUUAAGCACCUCAGUCCUCUGAACUACAGGACAGAAGAGCCAUCAAGUGACAAAGGAAGUGAGGCCCAGCCCCACGUGCCCCCACCCUACACGCCCUAUGUGCCCCGGAUUCUGAACGGCAUGGCCUCUGAGAGAACAGCCCUGUCCCCAGAGCUGCAGCAGACCUACGGGGCCAUCCACAACAUCAGUGGGACCGUCCCGGGGCAGUACCUGGCCCAGAGCCCUGCGGACAGCGUGGCAGCUGCCUACCAGGAGUCCUGAGAGCGGGCCAGCUGCUGGACUGGGUCAGGCUCGGGGAGCUGGGAGGUGAGGAGACGCAGGUGGAGAAGUAGCUUGACAUUGACCCCAACCGAGUCCAGGACCUCUGUCCACCUUUUAAAGCCCCACUGCUCUGAAAAGAUGGAACCAGCCAGGAAGGGGCGCUGGCCCUCGGCUGAGAGGUUUGGGGCAGGACUAUCACUGGGUAGUGUUUUCUGGUCACAGCAGUGGUGAGACCAGGUGCCGCUCCCUACCCUUGCUUGCCUGGGGCUCUGCUCGCUUCCCAUCCCCCUCUGCAGUGUCCAGCUGUAGCUGGAUGAUGUCCCCAUGAUUUUUAGCAAGAUCAUGUGUUGGAAUUGAGUCCCUCCAGGGCCAUUGGUUGUGGUGACUCAGGUAACAGGGAGAAUUUAACAAGUGGGAGACCUCCUCCCUCCGAGCACGCACACACCACCCACCCCCUUCUAAGCACACGUACAACCAGCUGAUAACCAAAGAGCCUGCGGC